GUCUUUGAACGGUAGUAAUUCCUUAAACCGGAAGUUAAGUUUACACGAAGGCUAUUUGUAUGGUCGAUAAAUAUGUAUUUGUUUUUGAAAAUUUUGUGGUUUUAUUAAAUUUUGAGAAUGGCUGCUGUUGAGUACAGUGCGAUGAACGGUACAAAUAAUAUGGUUGGACAGGCCCCGAUGCCUGUGUCCGCGCAAGUGCAAAAUAAUAAUACAUUUGAUUCACCACCUCCUGCAAAGAAAUUGAAGGCAGAAGAUGGCAAGCCAGCUGCCUCGGAAUUUUUGCCAGGACCUAUCUACAAUUUGGCACAGUCGGGACAGGUUGUUGCAGGUCCAGGGGCGAGGAACCUAACCAUCCCAGGACUGCUGGGUGCGGGGUUACCAAAGUUGAGUUCGGAUCAGCAGGAGGCGGUGACACGGGCUAAGAAGUAUGCCAUGGAGCAGAGCAUCAAGAUGGUUCUCAUGAAGCAGACUCUAGCCCACCAGCAGCUGCAAAUGGCUAGUCAGAGGAGCCAAGUUCAGAGGCAACAAGCCCUGGCGCUGAUGUGCAGGGUCUACGUGGGCAGCAUUAGCUUUGAGCUGAAGGAGGAUACCAUUCGCCAGGCAUUCCUGCCGUUUGGUCCCAUCAAGUCCAUCAACAUGUCAUGGGACCCCAUCAUGCAGAAGCAUAAAGGAUUUGCCUUUGUCGAGUAUGAAAUUCCAGAGGCUGCACAACUCUCGCUGGAACAGAUGAAUGGUGUUAUGAUCGGUGGGCGGAACAUCAAGGUAGUUGGCCGCCCCAGCAACAUGCCACAGGCACAGUCUGUCAUUGAUGAGAUAACCGAGGAGGCAAAGCAGUAUAACCGUAUAUAUGUUGCAUCAAUUCACCCUGACCUGACGGAGGAUGACAUCAAGAGUGUUUUUGAAGCAUUCGGGCCCAUUAAGUAUUGCAAGCUAGCUCCAGGCACGACAGCGAACAGGCACAAAGGCUAUGGCUUCAUUGAGUACGAGACCCAGCAAGCAGCGCAGGAGGCUAUUGCUUCAAUGAACCUGUUUGACCUGGGAGGACAGUACUUGAGAGUUGGCCGUGCCAUCACGCCUCCUAACGCCCUUCAAGUCAGCAAGAACCCUUCGAGCUCUGCCAGUAUCAUGCCAACUGCGGCAGCCGUUGCUGCUGCUGCAGCCACUGCCAAGAUUCAAGCCAUGGAUGCUGUAGCCAGCAACGCAGUGGCUCUUGGACUAUCCAAGCUGAGCUCCGCCGGAGUGGCUCAAGCAGCUGUGCCCCUGCUGAAUGCCAUCCCCUCCCUGCCCACCGUCAUCCCCACCAUACCUCUGCAGUCGUUGCCUUCCCUCCCGGCCCUGCAGACCUUGGCUCCGGUGGGCAUGGCUCACCCUGGCAUCAUCCCCACCGCCAUUCCCGCGGCAGCCCUCAUCCAGCCCCCGGGCGUAGCCAUCCCACAGUUGAGGGGUGCUGCCCCUGUCACCACGUCCUUCGCAGGUGCUCCCAUGGCUGUACUACCGCCUCCGGGUGUGAUGGCUCCCACAGUUGUUGGCCAGCCCCACAUGGGACCAGCCCUGGCUCAGCCAGAUGCACUUAGGAGAGCCCAGGAGCAAGCACAGCAAAAACAGCAGGAAGAGCUGCAGAAAAAGUUGCUGGAAGAGACAGAGCCUCAGACGCUGCAGCAGCAGGAGAACAUGUCCAUCAAGGGGCAGAGUGCCCGUCACUUGGUCAUGCAGAAGUUGAUGAGAAAAGUUGAGAGCCGUGUAGUUAUCCUUCGAAACAUGGUGGAGCCAGAUGAUGUAGAUGAGUCUCUCCAGGAAGAAAUUCAAGAUGAGUGCAGCAAAUAUGGCACCGUUGAAAGAGUAAUCAUUUAUAAUGAGAAACAGUCAGAAGAGGAUGACGAUGAUGCGGAAGUAAUCGUAAAAAUAUUUGUUGAAUUCUCACAAAUGAGUGAGGCAGAGAAAGCGCGGGAUGCGUUGAACGGCAGGUAUUUUGGUGGCCGACUGGUGAGAGGUGAAUUGUACGACCAGGCUUUGUUUGACCACAGUGAUUUCUCUGGUUGAACUGCCUCUGUAUGAAGUAAGGUGAAUUUCUCCUAUGGAAGAAAAGAUGUGAUGGAUGGCUAUUAGCCAUCAGUAAUAUUUCUGGUUCAUGUUAACUGUGGUUGUAAUUGAUUAAUUGCAUUCUAGUUACAUUCUUGUGGACUGGUUUUUCUACACCAUCAAUCUGUACAAACAUCAAAUAUGCAAUAUAUAGCACUAUGUACAUGUACAGAAUUAAUAAAAUAUCACACAUUUUA